AUGGCGUUACCAACACACGCUUCCAAACGCUCUAUAAAAAGUUUGAAUGAAUCUUUAAAUAAAACGCCCAUGAAAAACAAAGGAUCUAAAAUACCAAAGAUGAGUGACUCGCCGAUGGCAAGGGGUGAAAAAGAAGAACAUAAAGCAAUAAAUCUUGAAGAUAUUCACAGUUUGAUUGUCACGAUGAACCAAAAGCUAAAUAAACUCGACACGAUUGAGGCACAAAUCUGCGAGAUGAAAAAAGAACUAAACGAAGUGAAGCACUCGGUAGAUUACGCACACGAAGAAAUAAAUGAUCUGAAAACAGAAAGUGAAAGGAAGGUCAAGAUCCAGAAAGAAACGUCCGAUCGCAUCGACAAAUUAGAAGCCGAAAAUAUAAAGCUACACAAUGCCGUCAUUGAUCUCCAAGCGAGAUCAAUGCGAGAUAAUCUGAUAUUUUAUAAUAUCCAAGAGAGAGAGCACGAAAAUACAACAAAGAUAAUUCAUGAUCUUCUUGAAGAGAAAAUCGGUAUGGUAAAUGCGAAAGAAACGGUCAAAAUAGACAGAUCACAUCGUUUAGGAAAGAGAAGAAAUGAGCCGAGUAAACCUCGACCAAUAAUAGUAAAAUUUAACUAUCAUCAGGACCGGGAAUUCGUUAGACUUAAUGCUAAAAAGCUUAAAGGCACAAACUUUGGCAUAUCUGAACAGUUUCCCACAGAGAUCGAACAAACAAGAAGGACUUUAUAUCCGGAACUUAAAAAAGCAAAGGCUGCGGGGAAGAAAGUAAAUAUGGUAAGGGAUAAACUCUUUAUUGACGGGGUGUUGUAUAAACCAACAGUCUAG